UUAACCCUUUUGUUGGGCUAUGAAGUAGAGAACAACUCAAUUCAGUGUCAGUGUUUCUCAAAUAAUCAAUAUCAAAUACAUGUAUAAAUGAAAUCAAUUCCUUUUAAACUCUUUUUAACUGUAAAUAAUAAUUACUUAUUAUUAAUUAAUUAAUCCGCAAUUGAAUCAAGUAUGCAAAUUAUGAAUUAUCAUCACACAUUAACUGUAUAACCCAUAAGUUACAACAACUGCAAGCUCUUCUAAAAGCCAGAGGUGGUGCAACAAGGACUAGUGGUGUGUUGUGGUGUUUUUUUGUUUGUUUUUCACGAUUCCUUAAUGUUUUCCCCAGAAUUGAGUAAUUCCACAAUUGUUUCACUCUGCUUGAUUUAAAAUCGAAACGGUUACUGACUACCACAAUUAAUUUGACUGAUUUCUUUAAGUGCUUCUUAAGGCCAGAAAGUUGCCAUUUGAAAUGACAGGUGUGAAUAAUAAUUAAUGCAAUUUAAACCAUAAUGCCACAAAUGUUUUUAUGACAGCACAAAUGUAGCACAAACAAUAAAUACAGCUUUGGAGAGGGGCUGGGGAGGCUAUGUGUGAAUAAUAAAAAAAUGUUUUGAAUAAACAAAACAUUGAUGCACUUUUAAGACAUUUAAUAGCCACAUUUAGGACAUGUUAUGAUAUUUUGAUAUAAUUUCAGACUUUUUAAGGCCUUAAUAUCAAAUUAUUGGAUUUUCCCAAACUGUUCUAUUGUGAGCACACUUGGGUUAUUUUGGAUAAGGAACAUAUCAAACGAAACUAAGUAAAGAAUUUCUCACUUCCUUAAAUGAGAGAAAAUCCUUUAACAUGUGUUUUGAGAUGUCUUCCUGUUUAUCCUUCAAUUGGGUUCAUGCUUCUCUUUUUUCGAGAACAAAAUCAAGUCCUGGUUUUCCAGAAACGAAACCAGAAGGUGGAAGUGACCAUGUUCUGACCGAGUCCUUAUGCAACACCAAAAUGUGCAGCAGAGUUUUCAUGCAUUCUUCAUUCAUUCACAUCCAAGCCAUCAUCAUGAAGUUUCAUGCUGUCAUUUUGCUGUGUUCUCUCUUCGGCUUCACACAACAGCAGAGUCCACAAGAUGACUGUGCCUGCGCUCUGACUAGCAAAGAGAAGGCCUUCCCACUUGAGAGCCUCAACUCGGUGAACGAAAAAGCGUCCAAAUGCACGAACACUGUCACCCAGCAGAAGGCCUUCGAGCUUGAGAGUAUGCUGCUGGGUUUGGAGCACCGUUUGCCUCAACUGCUCGAAGACGUGUCUGUUCUUGAGAAGGAGGACGAUGGCGGUCUCUACGGGGUCGUCAGUCUGCAGGUGAUCCAAAACGAGCUGAAGGAGAUCAAGGAGCGUGUUGACAAGCUUAACACAACCACCCAGGGACACCAACACCUUUACACCGACUCUGCCAAACAGGCAGUGAACCUAAGAGUGGAGCUGCAGGAGUUGGAGCUCUAUGACACCUUUCAGGUGGAGAAGAAACAACAAGAAAACCAGCGGCUGAAAAGAGCUUUGCACGAGUGCAAGGCUAAGCAUGAAGUCAACACGCCGCCCACACAGCCUCCACACGAUACGUGUCCCCAUGGCAAGUUUGUGAACAUCACCGGGCCUGAAGUGUUCUCACAAGGAGAGUUUGCUGGGUCCUAUAAGUAUGGAGGCUGGGGCCGUGACCCAAAACCAGAGGCGGGUGAGGAGCGCUGGUACUGGCGGGUGAUGAUGACCAGCAGCAACAGAUACGCCAACUAUGUCCGUUAUUACUCCAGCCUGAGUACUCUGGUGGUAGGAGUGGGCAUGCCAGUGAACUUCCAGAUCAAUCCUUCCAAUCCAACCACCAACACAGUCCAAGGACCCAACGUUGUUCUGUAUGGCAAGGCCUUGUAUUACAAUUGUUACAACAAAGACGACGUUUGUCGCUUCAACCUCACGUCCAAAACUGUCUCCACCCUGCAGUUACCCAAAGGCACCAGGUAUAACUCCAAGGGGAACUACUGCCACUUGGAGGAAUGCUACCCAUACACCGACAUGGACCUGGCCACAGACGAGUCGGGGGUUUGGGUGAUCUACAGCACCGUCCAGCACUAUGGCAACCUGGUGUUAUCCAAGUUGGAAGAAGGAGAUCCGCCCACGCUCGGCCAAACUUGGCACACUUCGGUCUUCAAGCAGGCAGUGACCAACACCUUCAUGGCCUGCGGAACCCUCUAUGCUACGCGUUAUAUCGACAAGAGCAUGGAGGAGAUCUUCUACUCACUCGACACCGUCACAGGGGUGGAGAAGUUCAACGUUGGCAUUUUUAUUAACAAGAUGUCUCCGAAUAUCAACUUCCUGAAUUAUAGUCCCAUAGACCAGAUGUUAUAUGUCUACUCUGAUGCCAACAUGGUCUCCUACAAGGUUCUGUUUGAAUGAGCCUUCAAGCCUGGAAAUAAAGUUACCGCUUCAGCAUAGUCAAGAAAUAAAGGAGCUUGAUUUCUGCAGGUAAAACUAUAAUUAUUCUCUACAAUAAAUAUAACAUGUGUUUUGUGUAGUGGUGUCCU